CUGCGCGCAUGUCCAACCUCCCCCAGGUGGGACUUGCAGGUCCUGAGAAGUUUCCCUUCAGUCCCCGCUUAUUUGAUUUGGGUUGAGAGGAUCGCCUGAAGACAGUCAGCAGCUUGACAGCGCAGGAAACACUUUGACUAAGCUGAAGGGAAGCGACUGGGACAAACAACCGCGCUCGUUCCUUAAAGUGCGCACCACGUUUUGUUUUACGGAAAUGCUUCACCUGAAGUUUCCCUUCGGACGCUGAAAAGUUUGGAGUCGCCGAGGAAGGAAGGAAGGAAGCAGCGAGACGCUUCAAAUGGGGAGAAUCCGUCCAGCUGGAUAUUUAUUCUAACAGGGCAUAGCUCCAGUUCGAAGCGGCAUGUCAAACCGUGACUCGCUGGGGUUUGGGGACCUGCUUCCCCAGGAUGUGGUCAACAUUUUUGCCCAGGACAAGAACGGCAAAAGGGGACGAAAGAAGCGGACCCGCUCCCUGGGCCGAGCUUUCGGGUGGCUAAAGAGGAAGAAGAGCAGAAAGCUCACAGCCAACGGCCAGGGCCCGGGUCUCGGUCCUCCCCUGGACCUGGCCUUAGACGGGCUCUCUACUGGGCAGCAAGGAGGAAACAAGGGAGGACACAAAUCUACAAGACAGCCGCAUCCACAAGGAAAUAGUCAUGGUGUAUCAAAGCGAGAAAAUGAGGACCAGAAACUGGCUCCCCCUCCGUUCCAGGAGAAUGUGUUUGUUGAGGCCAGCAGACCCAAGUACCUGGAGGACCUGCACAGCGAGGCCUUGGAAGGACUGAAAAUGAUGCAGCAAGAGGAGAGCAGUAAAGGAGUGGAGUACCAAGACAAUGAAAGCACAAUUUCAACAGUGACGGCUCAAACAGAUGGAGAAAGUACAGGCUUUGUGACGGACAGCACAAUUCCGGACUCGUCUUCUGUGGUUUCGGCUCAGUCCUCGGUGUCAGCCAGAUCUUCUCGCUCUGGACUCAUGAGACAAGGAUCAACAUUUACACCUUUGAAUUCUGGGAAAAAGCUGGAAAAAGGCAAGAGGAGAAGAAGACAAAGGAGAACUGUUGUGGGGAUCCCACACCAUGUUCAGAGAGAACUGGGCUUGGACAGAACUGGUUGGGCGCUGAAUCCGCCUUUACAAGAGGAGCAUCUUUACAAUGGAGAGACUGAUAACAGCGUCGCCUCUGACGACCAGCAAAACCUUGAAUCAACAGACGAAGCUGCUCCCAGCGUUACAUCUGUGAAAAACCUUCAGCCUCUCAGCAAAGACAAUGUUGAGCAGCUCGGUGCCACCCAUGCUGGUCAUAGGGACGACCUGGCGCUGCUGCAUCACUUGGAUUCGGCUUUAACCCGCGGACAGAGGCCUCAGUCCUUGGCGGUGCCCUGGAUGACCACUGCCUCCAGCAACCAGAAGCUUUCCCCCGGCGCCGUCAUGUCCAUGUCACCCCAGGCUGCAUACAUGUCCAAAAUUAUCCCCAACGCGGUGUUGCCACCGUCCAUCGAAGUGGUGGAAAUCAGUCGUGGGCGGAGCCGCAGCAGCGUGCGCACAGUCAGCAAAAGCAGCCUGGUGGUGUCCAGCCCAUCUUCCUCCCGCCCUUCCUCUAGAGCCUCCUCUUCUAGAUCGACUUUAUCCAACAUCACCUCUGCUUCCCGCUGCAUUAUCCCUUCUGUGUCCGACAGCUCCUGCUGGAGCAACUCCGAAUCUUCAGAGACUUUGGUAUCGGACACCUCCACCAUCUUCAGCGCCAGUACCACCAGGCACAACAAAUCUCCGGAUGGAGACUCUUCUGCUAGGGAGGACAAAGUUGGCCCCACUUCAUCCAACUACACCCACAACGGUAAGAUAGUCCUUAAAGGAGGUGAGAAAAAUGGACAGUUUGGACGAAGUAUGUCAAUUAAAAAACCAAAAAGGGCUCCGCCUCCACCAAGCCGCUCUUACUCCCUCCACAACAAAAUGAAGCGUCGUUCAAGAGAUCUAAUGGAACCUCAGUUCGGCUUUGCUGGAAGACCUUCAGUCCAGAGUGAGGAAAACAAUAAUACAAUUGGCUUAUCCUCAAUCCCAUCCAAGAGUGGGGACAGCCCUGGCUACCACGGAGACACAAGUUCUCUAGAUGACUCUUCCGCCUCUGUGGCGUUCCCGUUUAUCAAGCCUAAUCCACAAGAACCAAAGACAGAGGAGGUCAAAGUAGAAACGGAAAAGGAAAAUGUUUCGUGCGAGAAGCAGGAGAAUAAGCUCAACAAAACCCUUCCCCCACCCAAUGGCUCCUCCAAGCAGGAGCCAAAACCCUCUAAGAAGGUCCAAAGCUCACCUACAAAACACAAGAAAAGCAUCUUUGCCAAGUUUCAAAUGUUAUUUCCGGGUUCCCAUUCUCCACCUGUCCCCGAAGCAGAGCUGGGGGUUCCAGAAAAACCAGAACCCACGGAGAAACUGAUGCCUGUGCCAUUAGACACAGUCAGCACCCACCCCUCUGUACGGACCCUAAGGGACCUUUUCAACAUCCCACCCCCACCUAAGGUCCAUGCCCCUCCACCUCCUCCUCCGGAAGUAUGGGCUCACAGCAAGCGGACGUUCGAGUUGAUCUUUGGACCCCCGGCCCCCAUCGACCCCUCUGCCAUCAUUAAAAGGAAUCCGAAAGACAGACGACAACAGAGGCAGUUGUCCUCUGCUUCUACAGAGGGCUCCACCAAAGGCUCGGUGGUAGAAACCAAACACAAGAAUCCAGCGGGAAAUCUGGAGGCUGCAAACAAACGGUCACUUCCUGAAAGUGGGAGAACAGAGUGUGAUGACAAAAAGAACAAUGAAGAGCAGAAUGAAAGUCUAAAAGAAAAAGAUGAGAAAGUGAGAGUAGGGAAUGUGUUGAAUGGGAUGUUAGUGAAAGGUAUAGAGAGACGUCAGAAAACAGAAGAGAAUCAGAACGUGUUAAUAGAAGCUACAGAUGGAAAGUCCAAUGUGAGUGCGUUGCUAAGCAUUUCUUCCUCGUCACCUCCACCUGAACCCCGCCUCCCUCAUCAACUCUGCUCUGGACGGACCACGGACACUACGUCAGGGCAAGUUGCGUCUCCAGAGUCAUUCUGGCCACCUCCUCCCCCACCACUGAGUCAAGUAGGCAUCAGCGGAUCUGAUGAGAUAGACCUCCCGCUUCCGCCUCCACCGCUGUUCGGUGAGGAGGGGCUGUCUUUGCCUUCGCUGCCAGAGGUGAAACCUGCAGACGUCGAUGUGAUCACGACUAAACCAAAGAAUUUCUAUCCCUCUAAGGAGGUGAUUCUUCCACCUCUAGAAAUCCCUCCUCCUCCAUCCUACACAGCGCCGCCUCCUCCAUCCUACACAGCACCUCCUCCGCCAACUGCAGCAGUUUCUUCUCAGCAGGAGGAGAUUCCUGCACCAAAGUCCCAAACUCCUCCAAGUAAAGCUGAAGAGGACUCCCUCCCUCCAGUUGUAGAAGUCUUCCAUCCCCUUCCAGAUACAGUUGCUCCACAAAGCCUUGAUGAUGCUGCUCCAUCUUCUCAAGAAGACGCUUUUCAAACUAUAACCCAGGCAUCUCCAGAGAGCAAGCUCACCCCGCCACAGAGUGUUCCUCCUCCACCAGCUUUGCUUUCACAGCAGCAAGAGGACAUCCCAUCAGAUUCGUCCAACAGUAUUCCUCCCCAGAUCAUCCCACCUCCUUUAGAUCCUCCUGCUCAAGCGUUUUCAGAAACAACUGAUAACUCCACAUCCGAUGAACCCCCUCCUUCACCUCCAUCUGGGUUUAGAAACUCCCCCAUACCAAAAGAUGUCGAGGAACCUGCUCCUUCUCCACCCAAAGGCAUUCCUUUACCUCCACCUUUACCAGAGAAUGGUCUUGUGAGCCACAAGCUGCAGUCCAGUCCUGUUAGUCUAGAGGAUCAAAGUCAAAAGCAGACGGCUGCUCUGCAUGAGGAACCCUCCUCGCAUAUCACCCCCUCCCUCCUGAAUUCAGUGAAGCUGCGCUCCGUGAACAACAGUCCUGAACCUCCUGAAGCUCACCAGCAGACUUCAGAUUCACUCAAGGAAGCCAGUCCCGUCAUCACCCAGACUGUACUGCAGACGGUGAAGCUUCGGUCAGUCAACAACAGCCCUGAACCCCCCGAAGCCAAAGAGCAACCAGAAACGGAGGUCAAACUGAACCAAGAGCAACCCGACGACCAGGCCCCGACCUCUUCUGCUUCUGCUGAACCUCCUCAGAAACCCAUCAGAAGAUCUCUGAUUCUGGGAUCAUCUCCUUCUCUACCUGUCGUUGCUGCUUCACAACCAACCCCACCCACAUCCCAGCCUGCUCCUGCUACUGCAGCUCCUUCAUCCACAACUGUCUCCAUAGCAAAGCCUUCUCCCCCUGUCACCGCAUCUCGCUCUAUGAACCUUCAAGAGGCCAUCCGCAUGAGGACGGCAGCCAGAUCCAAAGAGAACCCUUCGUCUAAUCUCAACUUGAGCCCAACUUCACCUUCAAACCUUCGCAAGUCCCCAACGAGCAUGGCCAACUUCAUCUUCUCUAAAACCAGCAAGAAGGUUGAGGACAAGACGGUACCGAAGAACCAGGAGAUUUCCUUGGUGACAAAGACGACCAGCGAAGAAGUACCAGUAAAGAAGGAAGCGAAGGUGCCGCCACCGGUUGCAAAGAAGCCGAGAACCGAAAGCAAAGGGGCCGAGAUGAGUGAAGACGCGGAGCCGACUGCAGGACAGGAAGCGAAUAAAGAAGGUGUCAAAGAUCCAGAGGAGUAAACGGAAGAGACAGCAGGUACUGUUGGAAGAGGAACCUCCUGCAUAUCGAGACUGAAGGAGACCUGGGACGACCUUAUCAAUAACUUGGAAACUCUACUGCAAAGCUUUGUUUGUGCGACUUAAAAAAAACUGGGUUUAAACAGAUGACUAUUUCAGAAACUGCUCUGUGUAGGAGUUGAGUUAUAUGUUAAUGGUGUGGGUCUUAAUUUUGUCCAUUUUUCAGAGUUAAUAAUAUAUGUUUUGUUUGUUUUAAUUAGAGGGAAUCUUUGUUGCUGUAAUGUUGCCCUCAGGUGUUCAUUGUACCACUGAAAGAGUCCCCUGCUGAUUUCACAGCUUUAGUCUGUACGGGACUUCUGGGAGCUCAUGUAAAUAUCGAAGCAUUUUUUGUAUAUUUAAAAAUACCCAGUUAUAAUGGAUUUGUUUUGUAUGGUUUCUAUGAAAGUUUCCACACCUGUUAUGUUUUUAAAAAAGCUAUCUUAAGUUAUUUGUCCUGUUGAAAAAAGGGGUCUCCUUUAAAAUUAAAUGUAAAAAGGCACAAUUGAAUUAUCUGAAAAAAAGUCUACUUUUUCUCUUUUCUUCCAACCAGAUAAGCAUAUAAAGGCAAAUAUUUCAGCUGCUUUUUGUUACUCACAGUAGAGGCAAUGUUUAAGUUACAACAUACUUUUGAUCAUAUUUCAUAAUAGGUUACAACCGGACGAAAUAAAAACCUAAGGAAAUUAUACAUUU